ACUUAGUGGGCAGAGCUGCUUCAUGGAACUAUAUAAAGUCAGAUCAUACAUCCUCCUGGCACUUCAACCUGUAUCAUUGUAUUCUUUCAUGGACUACUCAUAUUUUCUCACUAUUUUCAUCUUUGCAGUCUGCAAAAUUUGAGCCUUUAUCUUAAUUUUCUUUUCUAUUCUUUUGUAUAGAAUGAACCUCUUGGUCUUAGAACAUACCUUGUGAAUCAUUUGAUCUGGUCUCUGAUAAUGAAACUCAUAUCUUUCAGACAUUCUGCAAUGGGUUCCAUUUGGAUGUGCCAUUUCUUUCUGUCAUUGGCCAUACUUGGUGAAACUGCUUCUGUUGCAACUCUUACGAAUGAUUCAACAGAUUCCUACUGGCUUCUCAAGAUUAAAUCAGAACUUGCAGAUCCACUAGGAGCCCUGAGAAACUGGUCUCCAACAAAUCAUUUCUGCAGCUGGAGUGGAGUAACAUGUGCAGUUGAUCAGGAACAUGUUAUAGGCCUGAAUUUGUCAGGCUCAGGAAUAUCAGGUUCCAUUUCAGUUGAAUUCAGUCACCUCAUUUCUAUUCAAACACUUGAUUUGUCUUCAAAUUCCCUUAAUGGCUCCAUCCCUUUAGAGCUUGGGAACCUUAAAAAUCUAAGAACACUGCUGCUGUACUCAAAUUACCUCUCUGGCAACAUUCCUGCAGAGAUAGGUAAUUUGAAGAGCUUGCAAGUUCUUAGAAUUGGAGACAACAUGUUCACAGGUGAAAUCACACCUAGCAUCUUCAACAUGAGCAAGUUGACAGUGUUGGGUCUUGGCUACUGCAACUUCAAUGGAAGCAUACCUUCUGGGAUUGGGGAGUUGAAGCAUCUAACAUCUCUUGAUUUGCAAAUGAACAGUCUGAGUGGCCCCAUACCUGAAGAGAUUCAAGGCUGUGAAGAGCUUCAAAACAUAGCAGCAUCAAACAACAUGCUUGAAGGAGACAUACCCUCCUCUCUGGGGUCUCUUAAAUCAUUGAAAAUUCUGAAUCUUGCCAAUAACUCUCUAUCUGGAUCAAUUCCUAAAGCCUUGAGUCAUCUUUCCAACUUGACAUACCUGAAUUUGGUUGGAAACAAACUAAAUGGAGAAAUUCCUUCAGAGCUUAAUAGCGUGACUCAGCUGCAGAAGCUAGACUUGUCUAGAAACAAUCUUUCUGGAUCAAUACCCCUUCUCAAUAGCAAAUUGCAGAAUCUUGAAACUCUGGUUCUGUCUGAUAAUGCUUUCACAGGUAGCAUUCCAAGCAACUUCUGCUUCAGAGGCUCAAAGCUUCAGCAAUUUUUCUUGGCUAGAAACAUGCUCUCUGGAAAAUUUCCCUUGGAGGUUCUCAACUGCAACUCAAUCCAACAGUUGGAUCUUUCUGACAAUAGCUUUGAUGGAGAACUUCCUUCCAGCAUAGACAAACUACAGAAUCUCACAGAUCUUGUGCUCAACAACAACAGCUUUGUUGGAUCAUUACCUCCUGAAAUUGGAAAUCUUAGUAACCUGGAAGGUCUUUUCCUGUUUGGUAACUUUUUCAAAGGUGAAAUCCCAGUGGAGAUUGGAAGGCUGCAAAGAUUGAACACCAUUUACCUCUAUGAUAACCAGAUGUCUGGACUCAUACCAAGAGAGUUAACAAACUGCACAAGCUUAAGGGAAGUGGACUUUUUUGGAAAUCAUUUUUCAGGGCCCAUUCCAGAGACUAUAGGUAAGUUGAAGGACUUGGUUGUUCUUCAUUUGAGGCAGAAUGACUUGUCUGGCCCCAUCCCUCCAAGCAUGGGGUACUGUAGAAGUCUUCAAAUCUUGGCCUUAGCAGAUAACAGGUUAUCAGGUUCCAUUCCACCCACAUUCAGUUACCUUUCAGAACUUAGUAAGAUUACCCUUUACAACAACUCCUUUGAAGGACCUCUUCCUCAAUCACUCUCUUCUCUAAAAAACCUCAAAAUCAUAGAUUUUUCCCACAACAAGUUCAGUGGAAGUUUCUCUCCACUCACUAAUUCAAAUUCCCUCACUUUUCUGGACUUGACUAACAACAGCUUCUCAGGUCCUAUCCCUUCUACUCUACCCAACUCCAAAAAUCUCCACCGUCUCCGACUCGCGUACAACAAUCUCACGGGAACCAUUCCUUCUGAAUUUGGCCAGCUUACUGAGCUCAACUUUCUUGAUUUAUCAUUCAACAAUUUAACAGGAGCUGUGCCACCCCAACUCUCAAACUCUCAGAAAAUACAACACAUGCUACUCAGCAAUAACAGAUUGACUGGGAAAAUUCCAAAUUGGUUGGGAAGCUUACAAGAACUUGGUGAGCUAGACCUCUCUUACAAUAACUUCAGUGGGAAGGUACCUUCUGAGCUUGGUAACUGCUCAAAAUUACUCAAGCUUUCUCUCCUCCACAACAAUCUCUCUGGUGAAAUUCCCCAAGAGAUUGGAAACCUCACUUCUCUCAAUGUCUUCAAUGUGCAAAAAAAUAGUCUCUCUGGCUUCAUUCCUUCAACAAUUCAGCAUUGCACCAAGCUCUAUGAGCUCAGGCUCUCAGAAAAUUUCUUAACAGGUAAUAUACCAGGCGAGCUAGGAGGGCUUGCUGAGUUGCAAGUCAUAUUGGACCUGAGUAAAAACCUCUUCUCCGGCGAGAUUCCACCAUCUCUUGGAAACCUCAUGAAGCUAGAAAGACUGAACCUAUCCUUCAAUCAACUUCAAGGAGCAUUUCCUCAUUCACUUGGCAGGCUCACUAGCCUGCAUGCGCUGAAUCUCUCAAAUAACCAUCUUGAAGGCCAGAUUCCUUCAACCUUUUCAAGGUUCCCACUAAGCUCAUUCCUCAACAAUGACAAAUUGUGCGGCAGACCAUUAGUGUUGUGCUCAGAAUCGCGAGGGAAGAAGAUGCAGCUGUCAAACACGCAAGUGGUAGCAAUCAUUGUGGCCAUUGUGUUUACCUCCACUGUGAUAUGCUUACUUAUGCUGUAUACCAUGCUCAGAAUCUGGUGCAACUGGAAAAAAGUUGCGAUUUCAAGUGCGGAGGGUCAUGGUGGUGGUGCUUUUGGUCACAAGAGAGAGGAGGGUAGAUGGGUCUGUGGUGAUCAGAAGACAAGGAAAGGAGAGUACUGGAACAUGAGUAAUUCCUUUGGGUUCAUUCCUUCACCAGAUAAGCAGAAUUCAGAAACAAAAACAACUAGCUUCUUCAAUAUCAAAAUGGAAGGCAUGGAAAAUACAAAUAUAUAGGCUCUUUUGAUUUUGUUUUCCAAGCGUUGUGGCAAUUAAUCAAAUGCUGAGUUUAAUCAAUCUAAAUACUUGUUAAUUCAAAAGGUUUGUGCCCGUGGUGGGAUUGUGCUUCGCUUAGCCUUUUCUAGUGGUUAGGCUAUAGACGCAAAACUAUGAAAUAAAUUUUGAAGGAACCAAAAGUGAUGCGAAAAGUCUGAAGACUCUCUUCAGCUGAUUAGACUCAUCACGUGGAUGGGUGAUUAAGGAAAAUAUGUCAUGUAAGCACUAUGAUGUCACUCAUCCUUAUUUUAAAUAAAGAGAAACCAAAAGCUAUGCAAAAAAUUUCAUACAACAA